UUGUACCCCCCAUUAUAUUCAUUCAUUACUCUCAUUCUACUCGUCGUCAUCCUCAUCGCCAUUGCCAUCGCCAUCGUCGUCGUCACCGCUCCCGCACUCAUCAUGUCGUCCGCAUUCGAUCUCAAAGACGACCUGCAACCGCACCUUCCCAUCGUGGCCAUGGCCGACCGCAACGAGCAAGAUACUCCGAUGAACCAUACGGAAGAUGCCAAAAACGCUGAUGGCCCCAAGAAUACGCGUCUUCGUCGUCGCACGCAGGAAUACUUUGAAAAGCGCAAGGACAAGGCCAACAGAGCGGAGAAGAAGAAGCAGAAGCGACGUCAUCUCAUGGGAGUCCAAGCCGCCCUUCCCGCCAACCCGUCCGCAACAGUCCGACCGGAAUUCAAGCUCGUCAAGUCCAUGGGCCUCCUUUGCGACACCAUCAAAGACGCGAUCAGAGCCGGCUUCCUCUUCCCCGACCAUGCGACCAUUGAGCAUGAGUUCAUCAAGGACGAAGAGGCGGACAAUCUCUGCGGCGCGCUUCACCUCCAAGGCACCCACAACCUCGACACCGCCCGCGUCCAGUGCUUCAUGCUCGCCCUGCUCCAGGCCUGCCGCAACUCGGGAUCUCAGUACCAGAAGCCCGCGUCCGAGGCCAGCAACCGCUUCUUCUUCCAGGCCGUGGCGGACAUGAUUCACGAGAAAGGUGUUCGCGGUGGUGGCCUUACCCCUGAGACGUUCUCGAUGGCGUCGAUCACGCCAGCUACUUGCCAGGCGAUGACAGAGCUCUUCACCACUGCUCGCAAGGCUUACUUGCGCAGCCUGGUUGAGACCAAGACGGCCCAGGAGGCGGUUUACACCAAGAGAGUCAAAGACCUGGUUCGGCUCGCCGACUACUGGAUUAAUUUCACGAAGGACGUACAGAUGGUACAGGGUGAGGAGGAACUUGCGGAUGCUCUUGAUCAUGCUGCAAUGUAA